GUGUUGUACCAUCAGAGGAAAGUGUAUACAGUCGGGCGAUGUGCGGGCGGUAAGUCCACACAGCAACUGGAGCUGCAGUGAAGCGGCGCAGCUAGCGUAUCCAGGUCUGCAGCUAGCCGCGGAGAGGGGCCCUCUCACAAGGGUUUUCCUGCACCGCCCGGUCCAGAGGCGCGCAGGCGGUAGGAUUGGACGUGGAUUUCCCGGCGAGAUUUGGGUCUCAUCGGGGGAUAUUCCACAUCAUCCCUACAGAGUAAGAAGACUUCUAAUGAAGCCGUUGUAAGAAUUACGGCUUUCGCGACCCGCACAACAAGAGGCUGGCGCUUCGUGUGGAAAAUUUAUGUAUCCUCGCACGCCCCUUCUCCUUCCUGAGCCAAGAGAAAUCCUAAGACGCUGCGGACUGCACCUGCUAGUCUCAGACGUACCAGCAGAGGUUUAAGACGUUUCCCCUAAGAUCUGCGUAUCUUCAAAUCCCGCAGGUAAGAGUGACAACAGACCGUCACAUACCAGAGACCAGCCGAAAGCCUCCAGGCGGGGCUCGUGUUUUGAAGAAAGUACAGAGACGAUCCGCCCACAACAAACACUGACGUUCCACUUGACCUAAGAUGGAAAAUGUGGCCCAAUGCGCUUCAGGGGAAGACAAGGAGUCUUCAGAACCGGGGAGGGACGAAAUCAUCAUAGUCAUCACUGAAGCCGAGAAAAGAGUCGACAGCGACGAAGAAGAAGAAGAAAAUACACAAGAUGAUCAAAAGGAGGUGAAGCCCCUCGAAGAUGAGGUUAAAGAAAGGCAAACUGAAGACGCUGAAGUAGAUAACCCCGCUGAAGACGCGCUCACCGGACCUGAAACUGUGCCUAACGCUGAAGGAUCAACAACGGAAGCCAGCCUCGAACAGACACAAGCAAACAGUGAACAAAACACCGGCCAAACAGAGCCAAUCUCCGAGUUAAUUGAAGAAGAAAGCGAUCAGGUUGACUGGGAAGAGGGCGAAGACAAAACGGACAUUCCUCGGGUCAUCUGCGUGGAUUACAUUCGCGCCAAAAGCCUGGAGGAGGACGAGGAGACUCCUGACUACGGAUACACCUUAGAGACAGUUGCGGAGGACACGCUAGAGGGAAGCGACAAAGAUGAGGAGGCAGGCGACGAUGAUGACGAUGAAAUCCCGGUCUCCCUGGUGGACUGGGACGGGCCGAUACAGGAGGAACUGGACGGGACUGAACUGGCCGACUCCGAGUUCGAGUUCACCCGAUGGAGCGGGGAAGAAGCCAAUAACAUAGAAGCAACAUUCACCUGCAAAACUGCAGAAGACGAUCAAAAACAACACCAAGACGACCCUGACCAAAUUAAAGGCAGCAAUGAACAAGAAUUGAAGAUGGUUGACCGAGCAAUAGCGGGUCUAGAGACUGCAGAGGAGUAUAUCGAACAGGAAACGACCUUUGACCCUGAGAAGGGACAGGUGGUCGAUCCGACACAAGCAGACGUGAGGGUGAUCCUAACAACCGCCGAGCUCGUUGAAGUUGACGAAAACCUGGAAGAAGAUGGCACUGAAGUCAGCAACGAGGAUGAACCUUUCGGACAGUCGUAUGAUACUUGGAAGCGAUCAGAUAAGACUGACAGAGAUACGAAAACCGGUACAGAUGAAGUGGAGACAGAGAGUAAAGAUAUACCGGAGUGUAGAUGGGAAGAAAUGGCGGGAAAAGAUGAGGCCGACCAAGCUGAAGUAAACCAGGAGGCAUCAUGGGAAGACGUGGUGAUCAUCGUUUCCACGGUGGAAGAGGUCGAACCGACCCUGACGGUGAAAGACGCAGACUGGGCCGAAACGACCCCAGAUCAACCACAGGAGGAGACGGAAGAGUAUGAAGAUGAAGAAACGACAGGGUUUGACGAAAGGGAAGUAGAGUUAGACAUGGCAAAGGAAGAAGUCUUAAUCCAAGAGAAGACUGAAGAAACUUGUGACGUGGAAUCCGGCAUCGAGCAAAGAAUAAAAGACUCAGAGAAAAUGGUUGAGGAGGAAAUAGCAAAUCAGAAUGACACACGUGAAAGUGUCGAAGAAGUGAAGGCAUUUUCCCCGGCUGGGGAGAUUGGUGCAGUUAAAACGGACACAGACUUGGAGAAAACACGUCAAGAUCUGGAAAUACUCGUAUGUAGGGCUGAACGGGCUGUACCAGACUUAGAGAAAGCGAGACGAGCUAUGGAACAGGAGAAACUGAGGGGAGAUGAGUUAAACACAGAACUGAAGCUGAUCAAAGAAGAGUUGACGCGAGAAAAGACCCGGGCACAGGAAGAGAAGGAGAGAGCCGACCGCGCAGAAGCCAAGUUCGAUGAAGCCAGGAAAAACAUGGAGGAGGAAAAGGCGAAAACCGACCUCUUGCGGCUGAACCUGGAACAGCAGAAGAGCAAAGCUGACCGCGUGGAGACAGACCUGAAGAAGAUCCAGAAAACCGUGGAAACGGAGAAAGCUCGCUCCCAGGGUAAGAAGCGUAUCGAGACGGAAGCGCUAGAGCAGGCCCGCAGAGAUAUCGAGUACGAAAAAAUCCGAGCGGAAAACGCGGAAGCCGAGAUGAAGAAAGCCCAGCGAGAGUUGGAGACGAUAGAAGAGAGGUACUUGGGGCAGAGACGCAUCGAAGCCGAAACCGUUCUAAAGGCACGCCGAGACGCCGAGUACGAAAAAGCCCGCGCAAACCGCCUGCGUUUGGAGCUGAGGACACUGAAGGAGAACAAGAGCGCGGGAAAAGACAACGAGAAAGACAGCCAGACACAGCAACUUCAGUCCGAGUUAGAGAACAUGCGUAGUGAGAGAGAUAAAGAAAAAGCCAGAGCAGACCGCUUGGAAGCUGACAUGAGUCGGGCCAAGGAAGACACAGAAGACGACGCCUCAAAUUCAACAAAGUUCGAGCAAACUCUGAAAGCGAUGAAACAGGAGAAAGCCAGGGCGGACAGAGCCGAAACGUACUUCCAACAGGCGAGGAGAGAGUGCGAACAAGAAAAAGUCCGCGCACAGUUGGAGAAAAGACGGGCUGACCGCGCAGAGGCGAGCGUUGAACAAAAACAAAAGCACGUGGAACAAGAAAAGACCAGAGCCAGCCGUGUCAUAGCAGAGCUAAAAGAGACCCAGAAACAGCUAGCUCAAGAGAAACUUCGCUGCCAACAAGAGACAAUGACACCUGGUCACACAGUGACCCGACAUAUUUCCGAAGAAACAAAUGCGAAUACCACAACAGAGACCGAAGUACAGAAACUACGCGAGCAACUAGAGCGAGAAAGGGCCAGAGCUGAUCGUGCCGAAGAAGAAGCAAAUGAACUGAGAGAAGCGACCACGGAACACAUUUCUCUGACAGAAGCCGACAAGUUGAAGCUGUACGUAACGGAAGCAGAGACUGAGCUGGAGAGAGCGCGUCUGGAGGUAGAACAGGAGCGGGCUAGAACCGAACUCAUGAAGGAGGAACUGGAGAAGACAGUGAAAGACUUUAAGAUGGAGAAACUUCGCGUACAGGAGGAGAAAAUCAGGGCCGACCUGGCCGAGGCGGAACUGAGUAAAAUUCGCGAGAAAGAGUCCCGGGUGACGUUUCGCCAGGAGUUGGAGAAGGUUUGGGACGAAACCAAAGCUAAAGCUAAAGUCGAGGCCAGACUUAGUCAGACUGAUCUCCAUCUGCAACUAGACUCUACCACGUGGGACGGAUAUAAACUAGAGACAAGCUUUUAAAUCCUUCAGAAUAACUUAGAGCCUUCCAGUUAUUCAUAUACCAGAUAUCUAUCAAUGACAGUAUAAAAUAUUAAUUGAUAAUCAGCCUACAAAUCCAACUAAAAUUAUCAUAAUAAUGAGAAUGAAUAAAUGUAGAGAAAGAAUUUUAAAUGUUGAAAAAACGUAACGAGAAGUUUACUCAUAUAAAGUUAGCAAUAAGAUGAGGCAGUGCCAGCAGUGAAUAUUUUGUCAGUACCAUAGUUAAAGUUAGCACGUAUUCUAUAUAAAACUGUACAGUAGCCAACCUGUUACUUGCCAUAAUAGCUAAGACUCAAAUGAAGCUAUAAGAGACCCUACAAGUCUUAGAAAGAAUGUUGAACCAUCAAUGAAUGUUGUCCGCCAUCUUAGUUUUGUGCACACGCAAUGCAUCAUGG